AUGGGGCGCUUCUGGCAGCGGGGGGCCCUGGGCGCCCUGCUGGCGGCCUGGCUUCUCCUGGCCGCGGAGGAAGCAGCGGCCGGAGCGGGGAGGGGGGAAGCCAAGGACAACAUCCUGCUCAUCCUGACCGAUGACCAGGACCGAGAGAUGGGGGGCAUGACCCCCAUGAAGAAGACAACAUCCCUGAUCGGUCAGUUAGGUGCCACUUUUGCCAACGCAUUUGCAGUCACUCCUCUGUGCUGUCCAAGCCGCAGCAGCAUCCUGACCGGCAGAUACCCUCACAACCACCUGGUGAGGAACAAUUCCUUGGAGGGCAACUGCAGUAGCCCAGCCUGGCAGAAGUUUCAGGAGCCAUUCACCUUCCCGGUUUACCUACAGAGGCAAGGCUACCAGACCUUCUAUGCUGGCAAAUAUCUCAACCAGUAUGGGGACCCCAAAGCAGGAGGCAUUCAAUAUAUGCCACCAGGCUGGAGCUACUGGUUAGGUCUGGUGGGGAAUUCCAAGUACUAUAACUACACUCUUUCAGCCAAUGGACACGAGGAGAAGCACGGGGAGCACUAUGAAGAAGACUAUCUCACAGACAUCAUUACCAACCGGAGCCUCCAAUUCCUGGAGAAGCUUUCCCACCCUCCUUUUCUCAUGGUUCUGGCUCCACCUGCUGCACACGCCCCCUGGACGGCCGCCCCCCACUACAAGUCGGCAUACAGCAGCAUCAAAGCGCCACGCAAUGGAAGCUUCAACGUCCACGGAAAGGACAAGCACUGGUUGAUAAGGCAAGCGAAGACUCCCAUGUCAAACACAUCCAUUGAGUUCCUGGACAACGUCUACAGGGAACGGUGGCAGACUCUGUUGUCUGUGGAUGACAUGGUGGAGAAGAUUUUUGAAAAAUUGAAGUCCCUUCACCUGUUGGACAGCACAUACGUGUUCUAUACUUCAGAUCAUGGUUACCACACAGGUCAGUUUUCACUGCCCAUUGACAAGAGGCAGCUUUAUGAGUUUGACAUCCGGGUGCCGCUGCUGGUGCGAGGUCCAGGCGUCAAGCCAAAUCAGACUCACCUGGAACCUGUCCUCAACAUCGAUCUGGGACCCACCUUCCUAGAUAUCGCAGGUAUCGAUGCAUCUCAGACCUCCAUGGACGGACAGUCUUUCUUGCCUCUGUUGGUGAAUGAGACACACAAGAGCAGGUGGCGGUCGGAUUUCCUGGUGGAAUACACUGGUGAAGGCCACACUCACCGAGACCCCCACUGCCCUGCCUUGGGGCCAGGCGUGUCGCAAUGCUUCCCUGACUGUGUGUGCGAGGAUGCCUUCAACAACACGUAUGCCUGUGUGCGCACACUAAGCCCCAUCAACCUGCAGUACUGUGAGUUUGCGGAUGCCCAGAAUUUUGUAGAAGUCUAUAACCUGACUUCAGACCCACACCAGCUCUUCAACGUGGUGAAAACUGUGGACCCUUCACAGCUGGAGCAGAUGAAUCAGAGGCUGAUCAAGCUGCAGGCCUGCUCUGGGGUCACCUGCCGCUCCUGAGGGAGCGGCAGCACAGCUCUUGCUGUGGGUCUGUGCCGAGGGGAACACGGAGCCCAUUCUGGGUCUCUCCUUCCUUCCUU